AUGGGUGCAGAGACGGAGGACGGAGAUGCUGCAGGAGCUGACAUUGGUGCGCAAUUACGCACAGCGGAGGUCGAGCGCGCGCCUCUGUUCGGGCCGGAACCGGUGCUUUUUCUGAUUGCGGGACCGAGCUGCACCUCCCGCGGCAGUAUGGAGACUGCCAAUCAUCACGAGUAUACAAAUUCUGAGCGCUGUUUCCACCGGCGCAACUCCUCCUGCCCCUGCUGCUCUGGAUUGACCCCACAGGCCAGAGUCGCUCCAGCUGUGGACACUGGUAACCAACUCUAG